AGACACCAUGUCAAGGGGAAAGGAGAUUGUGUCCAUUGCCCUGGUUCUGAUAGGAUGGAUCACUGCUGUUGUUGCCUGUGUUCUGCCUAUGUGGAAGGUCUCAGCUGUGACUGAAGCUGGUACUGGCAGAGCCCAAACCAUCUGGGAAGGCCUCUGGAUGAGCUGUGUUACGAAGAGCGCUGAGAAGAUGCAAUGUACGGCCUACAAUUCCACACAGGCCAUAACUUCAGACCUGCAGGCAGCCCGAGACAUGACUGCCAUCGCCAUCAUCACAGCUCUGCUGCCUUUGACACUCUCCUUUAUGGGUGCAAAGUGCACCAACUGCAUUAAGGACAAAGCAUUACAGGCAAAAGUUAUGAUUAUCUCUGGGGUCUUUUUCAUUAUUGCUGGUUGCCUGGUGAUCAUCCCUGCGUCCUGGAUAAAGAACAGCAUCGUCCAGGAAAAAACGCCUAGAGGCUCCUACAAUCCCUCAGAGAACACGGCUGAGCGCAGUGAACUUGGAGCAGCACUCUACACUGGCUUUGCAGCUGCUGCUCUGCUCAUCAUUGGAGGAGUCCUGCAAUGCUGCACCUGCCUCACACGGGAGAGAAAUACAGGGCUGGGUCUAGAGCACGAGAGGAGGGAGGCCAACCACGCACAACCUGUGCACACAGUGCAGGAAGCUCAGGGCAGCUGA